AUGAAGCAGCAACACGCCAAACUUGCAGAUUCUUCCAUUGAUAACUUGGUUAAUGGCGUCUCAAGCAGUAUUGUGAAAGAGCCUGUCAUGAUUGAUGCAACGGAUGUGCACGCUGGAGACGUGGAGUCGAAGGCCGCAUCUAAACACACGUCGUCCGAUUUAUAUUCAGGAUACCCCCCCUCAAACUUCUGGAAUUCCUAUAUAAUGAGAUUGUUCCCAGGAUGGCCAGAUCAUCAAACCCUAGCUGAUUACGGCUUCUCUCUCUUUCUUGUAUUUCUUCUGGCUUUCACUGCAGAGUUUUGUUCAUUAUAUCCAAUUCAGAAGCACAUUGAUUCAAAGGUUGCAUUGUUGAAUCAUGCCGGAAUGCGAGCCCUUAAGAUGUUUAUGUCUUAUUUGGCCGUCGUAGCUGUCAUCACCACCGAUUUCGUGUUUUUCCUGGCCGCCGUCGCUGGCCACGGAGUUGGAAAUUUUGUUGGGAAAAUGUAUCAGUAUCAGAUUGAAGAGGCCAUGGCUGCAUUACAAAGUGAAGAUAGCUUCGAAGUUACAAAAGUUUGA